CAUCACAGAAAUCAUUGUAAGUCCAUCACAGAAAUCAUUUUCCAUCUCAAAUAAAAGAAUGAAAAAAUUCAUUAUGUUUCUAGUUUUAUGGUUCAACAUUGAUUAUGGCGUAAUCGGCCAAAAUCAAACGGAAUGUCAUAUUUCAAGAUGUCGAAGCGAUGGACCAGUUGUUCGGUUUCCAUUCCGAAUCAUAGGAAUACAACCGCUGCACUGUGGCUAUCCUGAUGAUUGGUUUAGUCUAUCUUGCACGGAGCAUAGUGAAACUGUUAUGGAGCUGUUACCGAGUUCAGCUGUCAAACUUAUAAAUUAUGAAACUCAAAUGAUUUAUGUGAUGGACACCCAAGCUUCGAUUCUUAAAUGGCUUUUGAACAUCACCGCCAACCACAUGCCCUUCCGGUUUGUGGGGCAGAAGAAGGUUAACGUUAGCCUUUUCAAUUGUUCUUCAGGCUACGCAAAGGUGGGAUAUUAUGGUUGGUAUUUAUCAGGACUAAGUGCGGAUCCCUAUCGCAUUCUCGCCAAAAUAUCAUCUGCUUCUAUCCGCGACUCUAAUUUGACUUCUUGCACCAAGAUACGUGAUCUUUUUUCAGUUCCGCCAAGUUAUAUGAACAGUAUUGAUCAUUAUGCUUCUCAUUAUGGUCGUUAUAGUCCUGUUCAAUUGCAUUGGUCAAAUCCAAUAUGUAAAUCUUGUGAAGCAAAACAAAAAUAUUGUAGAAUGGAGACUAAUGCCACUCUUUCUCAAAUUCAGUGCUAUGGAACUGUCCCCAAAUCAACAGAAGAUGUCAUUGCUACAAGUAAUAAAAGUUAUCGAGGGGAAUCAACAAAACAUAAACCAAGAGAUGCCAUCGAUACCUCUGGUCAUGCGGGGGAUUCGAAAAAACGUGCAGCAAGAGAUGCAACUCUUGGUGCAACUCUAGGUUUAGUCCUUGUGGUUGUAGCUACAAUUUUAGCAUACCGCAAAUACAGCUCCAACAAAAUAGAGAAAGAGUACGAAAUCAAGAUUGAAAUGUUUCUGCAACAUUACACAACUUUCAAACCCACAAGGUACUCCUAUGCUGAUAUCAAAAGGAUUACUAAUCAAUUCAAGGAUCAAUUAGGGCAAGGCGCUUAUGGAACUGUGUUCAGAGGGAAACUAUCUGAUGAAAUCUCAGUAGCUGUUAAGGUCCUCAACAACUCCAACGAAAAUGGAGAGGAAUUUAUCAAUGAAGUGGGCGCAAUAGGCCGAAUCCACCAUGUCAAUGUGGUUCGCUUGGUUGGGUUCUGCGCCGAUGGGUUUCGACGAGCACUGAUUUACGAGUACUUGCCCAAUGAUACACUACACAAAUUCAUCUCAUCCAACAAUCAUAACCUUGGCUGGAAAAGGCAGAAAGAUAUCACAAUUGGUAUAGCUAAAGGGAUUGAAUAUCUUCACCAGGGAUGCGAUCAGAGAAUCCUCCAUUUCGAUAUUAAACCGCAAAACAUUCUGCUCGACAAUGACUUCAAUCCUAAGGUUGCAGAUUUUGGUCUUGCUAAGUUGUGUGCCAAGGAUCAAAGUGCAGUGUCCAUGACAACGGCGAGAGGAACCGUUGGUUACAUAGCACCUGAAGUAUUUUCGAGGAACUUUGGAAAUGUCUCUUAUAAAUCAGAUGUGUAUAGCUUCGGAAUGGUGGUAUUAGAAAUGGUUGGAGGAAGGAAGAUUGUUGAAGCAACAACAGACGAGAAUGAUGAAAAGAUUUACUUCCCGGAAUGGAUUUAUCAUCUAUUGGAAGAAGGGGAAGAACUAAGGUUGGUGACUGAGGAAGAGGAAGAUGCUAAAAUUGCAAAAAAACUUGCAAUUGUGGGAUUAUGGUGCAUUCAGUGGAACCCUAUUGAUCGUCCUUCCAUGAAAACCGUAAUUCAUAUGCUAGAAGAGGAGGACGAGAAUAUAUCAAUACCUCCGAACCCUUUUAGCUCUAUAACUCCUUCAAGAAUGAAUGGAAGAAUAAGACCAGCGAGACGGAUUCAUCAAGAGUUGGGUGUUAUCUCGGAAACCGAGUGAUAUCACAGUCGUCGUCUAUGUGUCAUCAUGCAUACAUGUUAUUGUAGCUGUGGAAGAGAAUAGGAAGAAGAAAGUUUAACCGUGCAAUCACAUAUAUUUGAUUCAAUGAGAGAAAUUUUCAUA